GUUCUCCUCCCAGAGCUCCCAGUGUGACUGACACAGCGGCUCCGGACCCUACUGGGUUACUUCGCGGGACAGAAACCUGCAGAGACCCGGACUAAGACCCGGACUAAGACCCAGACAGAGACCCGGACAGAGACCCGGACAGAGACCCGGACAGAGAGCCGGACAGAGAGCCGGACAGGGAACCGAAACCUGCGCGACUCCGAGAUGGACGUCUGUCCUCCGUCCCUGCUGUAGGUCAGUGAUGGCCGGCGUCUUUCCUGAACGUGGUGGAGACAGAGUCAGAUCCCGACUCCAUGUUGGUCGUCAUGGCAACGCUGAACGCCAGCACGCCGGUUGAGACGCUUCUGGCAGCGAUCCAUCUGGAGAGGUUCCAGGACACGUUCCGCCGAGCCGGCCUCCUGGUGGCCCGAGACUUCACCCACCUGGACAACGACGCGCUGGUCAGCCUGGGAAUCACCGCCACGGGACACCGCAAGAGGAUCCUCCGAUUGGUCGGCCACUUUCAGAGGACGGAGAGCCAAAGAGCCAAUCAGAAAGCUGAUCUCCUGCGGGACCGCUGCCAGUCUGUGUCGCUCCGGCAGCCGGCAGGUAACUUUGAGGCGUUGAGGAACAGUUCGGCUCCGAACCUCGCCGCCAUGCUGACCGACGCUGAGCGCAGCCGGCUGCCGGCGCCGGUGAAGCCCGUUCCCAAACCCAGAACUGUCUUCAACCGCCGCAGAACAGCUCCCGUCCACUUCUGUCCCACACCAGACCCACCGCCCCCCAGCUCGGCUCCCAGGCGGCUUUCCCAGGAUUCCAUCUGUUUCACCUUGUCAGAGGGUCUGACCGCAAAGAGCACGCCGCCGCCGCCCGCCGACAGGUUGACCUCUGACCCCGGCGCCACGGCGACCACGCCCGCCGACAGGUUGACCUCUGACCCCGGUGCCACGGCGACCACGCCCGUCCGGCGGCCGAGCCAGGCCGAGCGGCGGCGGCCGAGUCGCAGCUUGUCCCUUACGGACGCCGCAGCGUUGUUACCGCCCGUCCCCCCGAGGCUGUACCGCGGGGUCCCCAACGCCACGUUCCAGGGGUCCCCCCCGCCCUCCUCUUCUUCUUCGCCUGUGCGCUCGGAGCAGAACCAGACACCUCCUGUGACUUCCUGUCCUGGUAGCCUUGACAACAGCCGGCUCUCUGGCUCCUCGCCGUCCGGUUCCCCCGGAGGUGUCGGCAUGGAGAUGGUUUCUAACGAGAUCUACUGGGGGACGUUACCCGGCGCCGGCGGGGGGAGGGGCCAGAGCAGCCAAUCGCAAGUUCCGCCCACUCCGCCCAGACAACCAGGGGACAGGAACCGGGAGAGGAACAGUGGCAGCACUUUAAGUAACAACUCUUCAGGAUCAGCCAGAGCUUCCACAGAUGACCCUGAGGAGGAAAUCAGCCCGUACUGUGAAACCGUUUUCCAAACCAGAAGAAAUCCAUACGAGAGUGAAAGGAGCAGACUGGAGGAGAGAGAGAUGAGGAGGGGGGAGGACAAACAUGCAGAGGAUCAUGGGUGUCAGAAGUUGUCGUGGACGAAGCGUUUGACUCAGGCUCUUCACCCCGGAGACUCUCAGGGUUACAGCACCGUCGGAGAACCUGCACCCCCCGUCCGUUACGGAGAACCCCCGCCCCCCCACCGUUACCUCUCCCUGCCCCCCCACUCCUUCCCCUCGGAGGCCGAUGAGGAUCUGACCAUCUCGCCGUACGCCAGCUACACCUCGCUGACUGAGAGAGCGCCGCCCAUCAUCAGCGGCUGGCUGGACAAGCUGUCUCCACAGGGGAACUAUGUUUUCCAGAAGCGCUACGUGAAGUUUGAUGGCAAGAACCUGAUGUACUUUGGCAGUGAGAAGGACAUCUACCCUAAAGGAGUGAUCCCAUUGGCUGCCAUCCAGAUGUCCCGCCCCGCCAAAGACAACAAGUUUGAGAUUGUGACGAGUCACAGGAUCUUUGUUUUCAGGACGGAUAGCGAAGUGGUGCGGCGCCGCUGGGUCGGGACGCUGCAGGAACACGUCCGAGAUCAGCUGGUGUUCGGGCGCCGCUGCUUCGGCGCCGGGUCUCCCUGCCAGAGACACGGCGCCCUCGAGCUGAAGGGAACCAAGUCCAAAGUCUACGCCGCCAUCAACACGGACCAGAUCUGGAUCUACAAGAGCCAGCAGUGUUUCCGUAAUGGAAUCGGUAUCACGGUGAUCGAAGCUCGUGGAGCAACGAUCAGAGACGGGAAACACAAGAGCUUCGAUCUCAUCACUCCGUACAAAACCUUCAGCUUCACGGCAGAGUCUGAGCGGGAGAAGCGGGACUGGAUGGAGGCGCUGCAGGAGGCCAUCGCAGAGACUCUGUCGGACUACGAGGUGGCCGAGAAGAUCUGGUCCAACCGAUCCAACCGGAUGUGUGCUGACUGCAAAGCCCUGAACCCGGACUGGGCCUCCAUCAACCUGUGUGUCGUCAUCUGCAAGAACUGCGCAGGGCAGCACCGAGGUCUGGGGACCAUGGUCUCCAAGGUCCAGAGUCUGAAACUGGACACCAGCGUGUGGAGCAACCAGAUCGUCCAGCUGUUCAUCAUGCUGGGGAAUGACCGGGCCAAUGAUUUCUGGGCGGCCCGGCUGUCUGCGUCCGAGGAGUUGGACUGUGAUGCGUCUCCAGACCAGAGAAGACAGUUCAUCUCCCAGAAAUACAGAGAGGGACGAUACCGCCUCCCCCACCCGGCCUUCAGCAGCCAGGAGGAACUGCUCAAGGUCUUGUGCUCAGCGGUCUCUGAACAGACUCUUCUGAAAACCGUGUCUCAUAUUUUCUUGGAGGCGGAGUCAGCUCGCCUCGCCGACGACUCCGCCGGCGGCCAACGACAUCAUCAACGACAUCAUCAGCUGAUGGAUCACUGCACGGCUUCAGACCCCAGCGUGUACGAUGAGAUCAUGCAGCCCGUCCUUCACUCCGGUUUCCUCUACAAGUCGGGCUCCACCCACAGAGGGACGCUGAACAGGAAGACAAGAGAAGACUUCCAGAAGUUCUGGUGCUCGGUGGAUCAGUCUCUGCUGUUCUACGAGUCGGACCGAUCAGCUGAUCCCUGCAUGCAGAUCAGCGUUAAAGACAUCGUGUGUUUGGGCGUCAGCCGGCCCGACUCCUCCAACAACAACGGCUUCAUCGACAGGUUCCGUUAUACCUUUGAGUUGUAUUUGACGUCAGAGAAACUUUAUCAGUUUGGUCUGGAGACGGCCGAUGCUCUGCACAGCUGGACCAAAUCCAUCGGGAAGGCUGCGACGCCGCUCAGCUGCCACUGCCUGCUGUCCCGGGAGUUUGAGCGGGUCGGUCUGCUGCGGUACCGGGCCAUGCUGGACCCGCAGCAGUGGAGGGACGCCUACUUCGUCCUGCAGAAGUCCAACCUCUUCAUCUGUCCCCGAAACGACGGCGCUGCCGAGGACAUCAUCAACCUGAAGCGUCUGCAGGAACUCAGUGUUGCCACAGAGACGGAGAACCACGAGAAGAAAGACAUCCUGGUGUUGGUGGAGAAAGGAAGGACGCUGCACCUGCAGGGCGUUGGGCGGACUGAUUUCUCUCUGUGGUACUCAGACAUCCAGCGAGCGUCGGGGGGGAAAGGAAACUCUCUCAGAGACCAGCAGCUGAGCAGGAACGACAUCCCCAUCAUCGUAGACAGCUGCCUCUCCUUCAUCACGCAGUACGGUCUGGGCCACGAGGGGAUCUACAGGAAGAACGGAGCCAGGUCCCGGAUCAAACUGCUGAUGGACGAGUUCCGUAACGACGCUCGUAACGUGAAGCUGCGGAUCGGAGACCACUUCAUCGAGGACGUGACGGACGUCCUGAAGAGGUUCUUCAGGGAGGUGGACGACCCCGUGGUCAUGGCCGACCUGCACCCCCUCUGGCAGGACGCCGCCAAAAUCCCUCAGAAGAGUCAGAGGCUCGACCGCUACAAAGAGAUCAUCCGGAGUCUUCCUCGGGUCAACCGGACAACGCUCGCCGCUCUCAUCAGUCACCUGUACAGAGUCCAGAAGUGUGCCGAUCUGAACCAGAUGUGCACCAAGAACUUGUCUCUGCUGUUUGCUCCGAGUCUGUUCCAGACGGACGGGAAGGGAGAGCACGAGGUGAAGAUCGUGGAGGAUCUGAUCGACAACUUCCUGUACGUCUUCGAUAUCGACGAGGAGCAUCGGACUCAGAUCGAGCUGGAGAUCAGCCUCAUCACCACCUGGAAGGACACGCAGCUGUCUCAGGCCGGGGAUCUGAUCAUCGAAGUUUAUCUGGAGACGAAGAUUCCCGACUGCUGCAUCACUCUCAAAGUGUCUCCCACCAUGUGUGCUGAGGAGCUGACCAAUCAGGUUCUGUAUAUGAGGAACAUCCCGGCAGGAGACAGAGACGUCUGGAUGACGUUUGAGGCUAUUGAGGACGGACAGCUGGAGCGUCCGCUACACCCCAAAGAGAAAGUCCUGGAGCAGGCGCUGCAGUGGUGCAAGAUGGUCGACCCGAGCUCCGCCUUCCUGCUGGUGAAGAGGGUUCCUAAAGGAGAGGGAAUCAACAUCCUCACCUCCUAUAAGAGUGAGAUCAUGAAGAUUGGGCUGUUGAAGUGUCGUGAGGAACCUCCGAAGCUCCUUCAGGGGAACAAGUUCCAGGAGAGAACGUUCCAGAUCAGGAACCACAAACUGCUGCUGCUCAAAGACAAGAAGAGCAUCAAACCAGAGAAGGAAUGGUCUCUGAAGUCCAUGAAGAUCUACAUCGGCAUCCGCAGGAAACUCAAAGCUCCGAGCAGGUGGGGGUUCACGGUGAUGUCAGACAAACACCAGCUGUUUCUGUGCUGCAGCUGUGAGGCUGAGCUGUGGGACUGGAUCACCAGCUUCCUCAAAGCUCAGAACGAUGACCCGGGUCCCCCGGUGCUGAGGCGACACUCGUCCUCAGAUAUCUCCAAGCAGAAGUUCGGCACGAUGCCGCUUGUCCCAAUCAGAGGAGACGAGAGCAACAGCAGCAUGCUGUCGGCCAAUCAGACGCUGAGAAAGUUGCACGACAGAAGGACGCUCUCCAUGUACUUUCCGAUGAAGGUGCAGCCCGAUUCGUUGUCGGAGCGCUGGGAGUCACAUGACCCCCCUGAGGACUCGUUGUCGGAGCGUUGGGAGUCAGCUGACCCCCCCGAGGACUCGUUGUCGGAGCGCUGUGAGUCAGCUGACCCCCCCGAGCCGCUGUACGAGGAGGUGGGAGACUUCGGCCUGCAGGUGCUCAGAUCUCUGGAGACCAGCUUCCUGUCGGGCAGCCUCGCCGAGACGCAGGAGGUCCCCGACAACCCCCCGCUCACGCUGGUUCCCCUGGAAAUGGGACAUGUGGAGCGCGUCAUCGUCCCCGGCGGCGGCGGUGGCGGCGUCUCCGUGAAGCCGCUGGAGACGAGCGCCGAAGGAGACGGAGUGUCUACUGCGGCGGAGAGAGUCUGCACGGCAUCCCAGGAGCUGCUGCUGCAGGAACUGUCAUCUGCCUUCAUCAGGAAGAGCCAGGAGGAGGAAGAGGAGAGGCCAUACGAUGUCUGACAGGAGGAAGAGGAAGAGGAGAGGCCAUACGAUGUCUGACAGGAGGAAGAGGAGGAGAGGCCAUACGAUGUCUGACGGGCGGUGUCCACGGUGCUGUUUUUCUUCAGGGUUAUAGAGGAUACUAACCUGACCAGCCAGACCCACAUCCAGAUGUUGAGGUCUGGGAACUCCCCAUUGGUCAGGGCUCAAUCCCAGGGGCGGG